UUCCAUUGACGAGCUCCAUGAUGGCAGAAUAGCUCAGCCGCGAGACAUAGUCCCCCUACAAGAUGAUGGAGCUCAAAAAGGAAGUGGCCAAGUUCAAGAAACGCUCUCCGGGCGGCUUCGGAGUUGCAGUAAAUAUGGCUGGUCGCCGGUUGGCCUACCCAUUCCGACAGAGCACUUUGCAAAAGCUCGACAAGGAUAUUGACGAGCUGUGCACCAGUUUCUAAAGGGCUAAGGGCAAAGCCUCUAGCAGCAUCCGCUGCAC